UCAGCAAAAAGCUUCAGGAACGCGGGGGUGGGGGUUUUCAGGCCCACUUGGUCGUGGUUUGGCGACAUUGUAAAAUUAUAUUUGUAAAAUAAUGUGCAGUAAUAAGUGACACCGACGAGAAACCGUGGCGCGAUGAGUCCUCCAGGCCGUGCAGGGGCGAUGUGGGACAGAGGCCAAGAGCCAAAGUCAGGCGGCAAAUCUUGGCUUCCUCUCUGCAUUAUUGGUUGUAACUGCCGCCUGAAGCGGGAACGAGUGGGUUGGACCCGAACAAUGACGGUGAAGGCGGCGAUCACGGCUCUGUGCAAGGUGCUGGCCGGGGCCGGGGCCGGGGCCGCCGCUCCCCUCAGCCCGGAGAUUUUCCGUCAGGCCAAGUUCGACAGAAAGGAGGUGACAGCUGAGUUCUGGAAGUUGCUAUAUUGUCUCCUGAAACUGAUCAGUGAAAACGAGAACUGUCCAGCCACAGAUUUGGCUCACCAGAUUGAAUAUGUGAAGACUGCAGUUUGUUACUAUGGUUAUGGGUUCUUGGACUUCUACCAACUCCCCGCUGAUGGCACUCGGGGCAGCCGAGAUCUCCUCCUGGUCUUCUCUUGGCUAAUCCAGAAAAUCCACCUGUUGGAGGAGCUGCUGGACCGGCAAAGGCUGUGUGUGGAGGAUCAGAUAUCACUCUGUACGUGCAGGCAGACUGCUGCUGUAAGGCCCAUGGAGAGAUCGGACAGUGGGGAUGGCAAGCACGCUGUGGGGAUGGAUGUGCGGUACCUGCAGUGGUUACACGGAAAACUGCGAUUCCGCUGGAAGAGUCUUCACAGUGCUCAGCAGGAGUGGUGUAGCACCCUCUACAAGAUACACUUGUACACUAGAGGAUGCCGCAGUGGACAAAGCUUUGAUCACUUGUCUGCAAAAGAAACACGUCUAGUCCAAGAUCCUGUGCAAUGCAGUGAGUUUGUGCAGCUCCUAGAAUGUGAGAACAUGCGAUUGGAGGCAUACCUGGAGUGGAAGCAGUUGGAGCCCCUAUUUUGGCAGUGGAUGGAAAGUGUGCUGACUGCUAAGCUGCAGGAUACCCAGGACCCACUGAAUGCAAAUGGUAUAACACCCAUUGAAUGCUCACUGAACCAGUCAGGGGACCACAUUGACCCUGAUACCUUCAGAGAAAUAGAUAACCUUUCCACUGAGAUCCUGAAGCUGCAGUUGAAACUACAAGACAGGCAAAAGACCAAGGGUAAAACGACUGAAGACCAGGAGGGAGAGAGUCAAUCUCACAUAGGGAGGCUUGAAUCAGUCUUCCCAGCACAGUGUGACAUAGAAAAGAAGCUGGGAGCACUUCAAGCCAGAAUUAGCCACCAGAGGAGACGACAUGGCCACGUCAGGUUGGCACUGAGAGCCAAUUCCGCUGCCAUCAGAACUAAGCUUCCUUCUGCAAAACAAGACAGUGGGUGUCUCACAGCACUGGAGGUGAUCACACAGCUAAAAGCUGAAGAGGCUGCGUUAAAGAGAGAACUACAAGAAAUGCAGCAGCUUUGCAAAGAAUCUCUUGGAGAGGUUAUGGAAAGACUGGAUGGUGUGAUAUGCAUGCCUCCCAUGCAGCGAGGAAGCAUGCGCAAUUUAUAGGCUGUUAACUGGAGCAAAGUGACUAAUGGGGUCGUUCUGAUUCCCUCACCCAGAGGGAUUUGUCAUCUACAGUGAGAGUCAAAAUUUAGCAUGAUGAGACAUACCAGCCACUGACCUUGACUAUGCUGUUGAAAAGUUACUGAGAGGAUGGAGCAGUAAGACAACAAGAUCACCUCCAGCAAAGUUCCUUCCACGUAGCUCCCUCCAGCUGACAGUACAGUGGCAUUGAGGCCCCAGGAAUAGAUGGUCAGUCUCUUUCAUCCAUGGUGCAUGGGAGACCUGGAAGAGAGUAUGCCUUAAGAGGACAAAUUUCACUGUGGAUCACACAAUUCAGAAUCGCUCAUUCUUGGUCUGAUUUUAACCCCUUGUUCACUGUUGAUGGAAAAAGUGUUGGGAUCUUCCUAUUGUUUAUUGGGUGAAAGGUUCUCAAUGGAUUUGCCUCCACUUUGCACAUAGGAACCGAAGCAGCCCAUUCAUCCUCUCCAACCUGUUGUGGUGUUCAUUUAGUUCAGAGCUUUUCUGUCUGCUGACUCCAUUUAGCUGCCUUGGUUCCUUAACUAUCUUUAGUGCCCUAACCUGAAAGUCAAUCAAUCUUGAUUUUUUUUUUUAUUAAGUACCUGUACUACGGUUUUACAUCCUUACCAGGUGUUGGGCAACAUUCAUUGACUGUGAUCUUAAUAAGUAAAAAUGAAUGAUUCGUAUAUGUGACGUGUUGUUGGAAACAUUCAUACACUGUGUAAAAACAAAAAAAAUCCUCAAUCCAAGUUUAUAUUUGUUUCGAGUCAGCUAAACAGGGUCUGAAUAACUCCACAGAAAUCAUCGUGGAUCUCUGGGGUUUGAUAUGCUGUGAAUCUGGCCGAGAUGAAGAGGAACCCCAUUAGUGGUUCCCAGUAGAAGGGGCUGGGUGUAUUCCGGUUUGCUGACAAUGGAAAGCUAGUGUGAGGGAAACAAAGCCUGCGAAAGGAUCUAAGUAGGCAAGACUAUGGCAGAUGGAGUACAAUGGGGAGAAAUGGGAGAUUUAACAUUUUUGUAGGAAAAUUAGAAAAACAGAAUAUUGUUUAAAUUGAAUUUAAAUGGUGUGAACAUAAAACUGGUGUUCAGAGAGAUGUGGGAGUCCUUGUACAAGAAACACAAUGUUAGUGUUAAAGUAUAACAAGGCAAA